AGGGAAAGGCACCCGCGCAGCCGGAAGUGGAUGCGCAGUUCUAGCCGCCCGGAUCGUGGCGGCAGGGCUGAGGAGGGGUCGCCAUGGAGGUCCCCGAACCGGACGCUGCCGGCGACGAUGCCAUGGACUCAUUCCUGGAAAAGUUCCAGAGCCAGCCUUACCAUGGCGGCUUCCACGAGGACAAGUGGGAGGAGGAAGUUGAGAAGGUCCCCCUGUUUAUGAAGAAGGCGCCAUCUGAAAUUGAUCCCAAGGAGAACCCUGACUUGGCUUGCCUCCAGUCCAUUAUUUUUGACGAAGAGCGAUCUCCAGAAGAACAGGCCAAGACUUAUAAGGAUGAGGGCAAUGAUUACUUUAAAGAAAAAGACUAUAAAAAAGCUGUGAUUUCGUAUACUGAAGGAUUAAAGAAGAAAUGCACAGACCCUGAUUUGAAUGCUGUCCUUUAUACCAACCGGGCAGCAGCACAGUACUAUCUAGGCAAUUUUCGUUCUGCUCUCAAUGAUGUGACGGCUGCCAGAAAGCUAAAACCCUGCCACCUCAAAGCAAUAGUAAGAGGUGCCUUAUGCCAUCUGGAACUGAAAAACUUUGCUGAGGCUGUUAACUGGUGUGAUGAAGGGCUGCAGAUAGAUGCCAGAGAGAAGAAGCUUCUGGAAAUGAGGGCUAAAGCAGACAAGCUGAAGAGAACUGAGCAGAGGGAUAUCAGGAAAGCAAAGCUGAAAGAAAAGAAGGAGCGGAAUCAGAAUGAGGCUUUACUUCAGGCCAUCAAGGCUAGGAACAUCAGGCUAAUCUCUGAAGUUGAUGGUCAGGAUGAAGAUUCAGACUCAGAAGGUGUAGGUGAGCUUUUCCUGGAUGGGCUCAGCUCGGUGAACCCUUACGGAGCCAGGCUGAAUGUAGAUGAGCAGGGCAGGUUAAGCUGGCCCGUGCUCUUUCUGUACCCAGAGCAUGCCCAGUCGGACUUCAUCGCUGCUUUUCAUGAGGACUCCAGGUUUAUUGAUCAUCUAAUGGUGAUGUUUGGUGAAACGCCCUCUUGGGAUUUAGAGCGGAAAUACUGCCCUGAUAAUUUAGAGGUCUACUUUGAGGAUGAAGUGGGGACAGAACUCUACCGGGUGCCUCCCAAGAGCACGCUGCUGCACGUGCUGCAGCACCCCAGGUACUUUGUAAAAGCCCUGACACCAGCAUUUCUGGUCUGUGUAGGAAACUCUGCUUUUUGUAGUAAUUACCUCCAGGGGAAAAAGCUGCACCAGGUAAAGUAACCAAGCCAGGCAGAGCCAGGCUCCCUGGAUCUCCUCCCUCAUUCGCUUCUGCCUGGAAUCCAGCAUUCUGGAAUCAGCUCAGGCCUUUAUGUCUGCCACCAUGGGGACAGUGGUGGGGGAGAGCUGCUGACUUCCUGAACUGCAUUCUCUCUAAUCGAAGUGCCAGGCUCCAGCUGGUCUCCACUCUCUUCUGUUGAUACAAGACUCUGUACCUCUCAUGACAUGCCUGGACUCACUGUUAGCUGUGUUACCACCAGCCUCUAUCUCUGAAGGGACCAUCGUACAGUUAACACAGCUCCUGACCUGAGGAAGUCCUGGCCUUUGGACACGGACUCGGGAUCUAGGUCCACGGUUCUGGCUGGACCUUUGUGGUAUUAGAGGUUUCAGAAAAGCCACCCCUCAAACCACAUGUAUACACAAACCAUACAAAUAAUUUUAAGAUAUUCAGGCUGAGGGACUCAAACCUCCAGGUGUCUUAUGAGCAGAGAGGCUUGCUCUGUGGGGAUACUAGAUAUCCUUGGAGUGAGAUGAGGUCAGAAAAGCUGGCUUUUGUUUCUGCACCCGUAAAGACCUAUAAACCGGAAUCUUGGCAAAACCCCUAACAAGUUUACCAGUUCUCCUGAUCUGUGUAAUAGGGAAAACUGACAUACUUGGAUGGUAGACUCUUGAGUUCCUCUCUAGUUUUCACAUUUUAGGAUUUUUGGCAGUUGAGUCAUUGUCACAGGUUGUAUUUUUGUGUGCAGCUUGUUCGCGCCUUCCUAGAGGAUAGUUUGUAUCCUUACCUGUAGCCACGGGCCUGCUUGCAGUAUCCGCCCCAUCCCACCGGGGAGGCAAAGGGACGGGGGUGGACACGUCUAGACGGGAGGUUGGGGAGCAUUGUGUGGUGAGUUUAUGCUUUUCCUUUUGCCGUGGGAACACAUUACCCAGCUGGCAGCUGUCCCAUCAGCCUGGGUGCCAGAAUGGUAAGACACAUGGAGCAGGUCUGAAGGAGCUGACCUGCAGCCAUCGAUUGUAACAAGAAUGAGAAAUAAAUGAGAUUUGGGGGUUAUUAACUGUGGCAAAUCUAAGUACUACAUCAUUAAACCGAAAACCAGCUGCUGUCCUUCA